CCUACCAUAUGUCUCACUACACCAGCAGCAGAAAUGUAUUUUCACUAGUUAGACAGUUGAGGGACAGAUCAGACAGAUGAACAGGCAGCCAAACAGAAAGUCAAAGAAACUGAUUGGAAAGAGAAGCACACUGGUGGACAGGUGUUUUCAUCAUGUUGGCCAGCCUCUGCUGCGGCCUUCAACAAGCAGUAAGAAAACAGAAUCACAAAUGCACGCAGACUAACAUACAAGAUGACGUUCUGCAGAGUGAGGAUGGUCCUCUGUGUGCAGCAGAAAUUGGCUCUGAACUCCAGAAACAGUUUGCCAUCCUGCCAGGGGGGCGUGGGAUGAACGGCAGCCCCAUCGUCAUCUUCCCAGAAUUCCCGGCUUUCAGCGAGCUGGAGGAUGAGGAGGUCCAAAAUGUCCUCCGGUACCUCACCAGCGUCCCCAGUGUUGCAGCAUCAGGAGUGGGUUUCAUCCUGGUCAUCGACAGACGACUGGAUCGAUGGGCCGCCGUCAGGGCUACCCUGCUCCGCAUCGCUGGUUCAUUUCCAGGGAACUUACACUUGGUUCUGGUGUUACGUCCCACUACUUUGCUCCAGCGGACUCUGUCAGACUUCCUGUUCAAGUACAACAAGGAUGAGUUCAAAAUGAAGGUGGUGAUGCUUAGUUCCGUAACUGAGCUCCAUGCCUAUAUCGACCCAGGACAAUUGACCACAGAGCUGGGAGGCACGCAGGAGUACUGCCAUGACAGCUGGAUCUCACACCGCACUGCAAUCGAGGCAUUCGCCCUCAUGGUGAAGACCACGGCUCAGACCCUGCAGACGUUCGGCACUGAGCUUGCAGAGACAGAAUUACCCAACGACGCCGAGGCUACCACCAACCUGCUGCACACACACACUCUGAAGAAGGAUAAAAUGAAGGAAGACCUGCAGGUGGCGCUGUCUCAAGGGGGACGUCUGCUGGAGUGUAUCAACGAGCCGCUACAGACAGACCCUGAAUACAACAUGACCUAUGAUGAGCAGGAAAACUUAGAUACUGUACAGAGACUCCUGGGUCAGCUGGACGAAACAGAGGCAGCAUUUGAUGAUUUCUGGGAGCGUCACCGCACCAAGCUGGAACAGUGUUUACAGCUCCGCCAUUUUGAACAGCACUUCCGUGAAGUGCGUGGCCAGCUUGAUGUGACAUCAGAGCGGUUGUCUGGUUUCUCCGAGGUCAGUGUAAGCCCCGCCCAUGCUGAGCACGUCCUCCGAGAGCUCAGCGGCCAUGAGGACAGGGCCUGUGACGUACUGGACUGCGCCCUGUCCCUGGCCAGCGAAGGUGACAGGCUGAUAGAAAAUUCCCACUAUGCCGAGGACUCCAUUAGGCCGAAGUGCAGCGAGCUGAGGGAAGUGUGCGAGGAGAUCAGCUCCACCCUGAGGAGCAAGAAGAGCCUCCUGCUGAAGGCGAUGGAGCUCCACCACGCUCUGGAGAAGGCAUCACGGUGGUGUGAGGAGGGCAUCUUCCUGUUGGCCAGCCAGCCAGUGGACCGCUGUCAGUCUCAGGAUGGAGCUGAAGCAGCUCUGCAAGAACUGGAGCGAUACUUGGACACAGCGCCGCUACACACCCUCAUAGAUCACAGCGCCAUCUGCUGCCAGUAUGAGGCGGCCCUCACUACUCAGCUCAGGGACCAGGUAGAGAGCGUUUUCCAGAAGCAAAGCUCUGUCCAGGAGAUGUUUGAGAAGAGACGCGUCAGCCUGAAGAAACUUGCCGCCAAACAGACCAGACCAGUCCAGCCAGUAGCACCAAGACCUGAAGUGAAGUCUCCACUCUCCUCACCCAAUCAACAGAGAAAAGAAAGAAGAUACUCUGCAGAUAAUGCCAUCUGCAAAAAGGUGGAGACUCCCUUACAAAACGGUGGCACCAGACAUGCUUCUCUCACAGAAGAGGAAGAAAACCUGGCAGUACUUCGGCGCCACGUAAUGAAUGAAUUGCUGGAGACGGAGAGAGCAUAUGUGGAGGAGCUACUGUGUGUGCUGGAGGGCUACGCAGCGGAGAUGGACAACCCUGCCAUGGCUCACCUCAUCCCCAGCGCCCUGCUCAGCAAGAAGGACGUCCUGUUUGGCAACAUGUCUGAAAUCUACCAGUUUCAUAAGAGAACGUUUCUAAAGGAACUGGAAGCGUACACUGACUGCCCAGAACUAGUGGGUCGCUGCUUUUUAGAGAGGAUGAAGGACCUGCAGAUCUACGAGGCUUACUGCCAGAACAAGCCUCGCUCUGAAAGCUUGUGGAGGCAGUGCUCCGACUGUGCCUUCUUCCAGGAGUGCCAGAAGAAGUUGGAACAUAAACUUGGUUUGGACUCCUACCUCCUUAAACCUGUCCAGAGAAUCACCAAGUACCAGCUACUGCUUAAGGAGCUGUUGAAAUACAGUAAGAGCUGCGAUGGCAGUGAUGACCUACAGGAUGCUCUCUCCUCCAUCCUGGGGAUCCUGAAAGCUGUUAACGACUCCAUGCACCUCAUCGCCAUCACAGGAUAUGAGGGCAACCUGUCCGAGCUGGGUCGCCUGCUGAUGCAGGGCUCCUUCAGCGUGUGGACGGAGCAUAAAAAAGGUCACGCCAAGGUCAAGGACCUGGCCCGGUUCAAGCCCAUGCAGAGGCACCUGUUCCUGCACGAGAAGGCCCUGCUCUUCUGUAAGAGGAGAGAGGAGAACGGGGAGGGCUAUGAGAAAGCUCCGUCUUACAGCUUCAAACACUCCCUCAGUAUGAGCGCGGUGGGCAUCACCGAGAACGCGAAAGGAGACAACAAGAAGUUUGAGGUUUGGUGUAACUCCAGAGACGAGGUUUUUAUAGUCCAGGCUCCAACACCAGAGAUUAAAACAUUGUGGGUGAACGAGAUCCGCAAAGUUUUGACCCAACAGCUCAAAGCCUGCAGAGAUGCCAUUCAGCAGAAGAGCUCAGACACCCCGAGUCCCACCAGCAACAACUCUUCCAUCUCCCUCAGUCCCUUUCGUAGCAGUGGUCAGAAAAACCAGAAGAAGCAGGAAGAGAAGAAGGGGGAGCAAAGCCCGAACUCUGACGUCAACUCCUCUUCAUCACCGAAACACAAAGAUGAACCAGUGACCAGCCCAACCACUGACAGGUCUUCAGUGGCUAAAAAGCGUUUUACUUUGCAGGGCUUCAGCAAUCUCAAGAGCCCGAAAGGCUCGGCGCUGAGCCCUGAGCACGGCUCCAAACGUCACUUGGUCAAGAGUGACCCCACACCGUUUGGUUUCAAAGGCUGGAGCAAGGCGUCUCUCUCGGUGGAUGCCUCAGAAGAGAACGAUGGGUACUCCAGUGGCGAGGACCCCAUGAACUCUGACCCGGAGGAUGAAGUAGGAAAGAAGCUGGCUCCAGGGAAGUAUACGGUGGUAGCGGACUGCGAGAAGGCGGGACCUCAGGAGCUGUCUGUCAAGAGUGGAGACAUGGUCCAGCUAAUCAGAGAAGGAGAGGAGGGACAGUGGUUUGUGAAGAACCUUCGCAGCAGUAAGGAGGGCUGGGUGGCAGCAGAAAACCUCCUCAGCCUCAUAUCAGAGUCCAAGUCCUCCCAGUCGCUCAGCAGCUCAGAUGGCAGCGUCUCUGGGAACCUCAGCACUUCGUCCAGCUGCAGCGAGACCUACACCAGCUUCUCCGACAUCAAACCCUGACCUGCAACCACUCUCCCCAGCUCCAUCCCCCAACCUAAAACAAUGUCCAGGUGGAAUUACAAAAAGCUAAAGGUGACCCAGGACAGGAGGGCGGAAUCAAAGCCAUCACACAGAUGUCCAACUCGCAGUUUUGCCGGAUCCAACCAAAAACCAAAGCUAUCAUUGUAUCUGCUAGUGGUACCCAUGUUGACUACUACGUCCACCUUUUCUGAAUACUUACAGCCACCUGUUACUCUAAUUGCAAAGACAAAUUACCUUAUUUCCACUCAUUUAUCUCAUUUUAAGUUAUUUUUUUACCUUAAAAAUUGUCAGAAUGCGGGUUGAAAAUGGUAUUUUCACAGCUCAUUCCAGUGACAUAAAGAUAACAUUCAGAUAAAUAUCAGGGGAAACGAGUUCCUCAGCACACAUGUUACAGUCAUGUGAUGCAUCACCUUCUGGAAGGCCUUCUUUUCAAAAUCACAAUCUCUGUAAACAACAGAGAAAAUCAGUAACUUAUUAAGAUUAACUGGAUUAAUUCCUUCUGAUUAUGUAGAAUCAAAGUGGACACAUUUAAAGAAUAUCUGCACUUAAUGUGACCUGUCAACUUGGGAUCAACCUUCAAGUCAACAACAUCACAGCAUAGCAAAAGAUUUGUGUGUGAAACAUCUACAGCUACAGAGACUAUAAGACUGGUAUUUCACAUGAUGCAUCAGCUUUAGUGUCAGACAUUAAUCGUACACUGUGAAAACUGGCAGCUGGCUGCAACAAGAAAAAAAACAAAAACCUUUCAGUGCAUCUUGGAGCAUCACUGAGCAGGUCAAACAUUCAGGGCCUGUUACUGUAAGUCUUGUAACAUUUUUGUACGCGGGACACAUACAAGGUGAAGUGUGUUAAAUCCCUGUAGUGUCUGGCAGGCCAGUGGUUUUAAAGUAGUUGUUUUUUGUUUUAUUCCCCAUUCAAGAAUGCUGUUUUCCUCCCGUGUUGUUAAUAUGAGCUUCCCUUAUUCCUGUUUUUGUGGUGUGAACUACAAAUUAAAACAGAGUCAAAUGUAUCACUAGGUGAAUGUCACCAACAGCACUACCUGGUGGUCAGAUGUCAUGCACUUCUCCUACUACACUUGCAAAUCACUUACACAGAGAGCGGCAGCUUGGAACAACUUCUGAACCUCUUGUUUUUUUUGUUGAGUCCUCCCCAACC